AACCUCAGGAUGACUGGAAUCAUCACAUUUGAUGUCGAUAAACGGUGUCGAAACACACCGUCAUUUCCGAAGGACACCGUAAUGAUACCAACUGCGAUUUAGGAAGGGAUGCCCAUGAUAAGGAAGUAUACCCUACGCAGACACAUUGAUACUUGUGAAGGCAAGAUUGACCUCUCUCUUAUCUUUUCCUUUAAGACAAGGUCAUCGCUUUCUAUAAAGCUGGCUGAAUGCCUGCUCUUUCUCAAGGUGGUGUCGCUCGUUGAUUCGACCAUUGUAUCCUUUACCAUUACCCUGCUCGUCCCAGUCGUUGUUACACACACCCAUGGCGGGAAUCAAUGAAAAGCAAAAAGUGCCUCUUGGUGGUCAGGAGGUCAUGAUUCAAUCCCUGACAAAAGAACCCACCGACUUUGCUACGGCGAAGGAGACGGACGCAUCAAAUCAACCUAGAAGGGCCGUUGUCACCAGGAACGGCUUUCGUGUCCAUCCCCAACCCACUUCGGAUCCUCUUGAUCCCCUGAACUGGACCAUUUUCCAAAAGCAUUGCAUCGUGGCGGUGGUCAUGCUCAAAUAUUUUCUCCUUACCUAUCUCACGACAACAACCAUCGCUAGCUUUACGGAACUGCAGGAACAGUACAAUAUUUCUUAUGCGCAAACCAACUGGACGAUCGCCAUUCCCGCAUUGGGUAUCGCACUAGGCCCGCUCAUUUUCUCACCCAUCGCCGAUACGAUCGGACGCCGGAUCGUUUUUAUUGUCGGAACAACAAUUCUACUCGUUUCAACAAUCGGUGCGGCCAAGGCUCAAACAUACAGUACCUACAUGGCCGCUCGUGCUUUCCAAGGGCUUGGUGCCGCUCCAGCAUCCACCGUCGGUUUGGCUAUUAUUAAUGAUAUGUUUUACGACCACGAGCGAGGCCAGAAGAUCGGGCUUUGGGUCCUUGCUAUCGAUACUGGAUUACUCGUCGGUCCGAUCAUCGGCGGCUUUAUGAAUAUCGUUUCGGCGGAAUGGGUCCAGUGGCUUAUGGCUAUUUUUAUCGGCGUUCUCCUUAUCCUCGAGCUAUGCUUCAUGCCAGAGACACUUUACCCGCGAAACUAUAUGCUUUCGAAAAGCCCCGCGGCUCCUGUAUUAUCUGGUGCAGGCGACCCCACGGAUCUUGAACUUGAAGCCUUCAAAUCUUCUCGACAUCAGACAGACGAUGCUGACGCCGACACUCCGGAUCUGCCGCGGACCAAGAAACUUCCAUUCAUCAAUCUAAGACCGAUCCCAGGGAUUCGUCAUCCUCAGCUAUGGCACUCCACGUUCCGAUUUCUCCUGACGUUCAAAAUGCUUACGGUUUUCAUUGCAGUGUUCAUAUACUGCUUCCUCUGGUAUUGGUGGAUGUUAAGUAUCCUGACCAUGUUACCAGCUGCAUAUCCGAACUAUAAGCCACAAAUACAAGGGCUGCUGUUUAUCGGACUACUCCUUGGAACUUUAUUCGCCGAAUUUGUCCUGGGUGGACAGCUCAGUGACUAUGUCUAUAUGAAACUGGCGAAGAGAAAUAAUCAUACCCGGAUUCCUGAAAUGCGACUAUGGUUGAUCUAUCCCGGCGCUAUACUGACUGCAACCGGACUUAUCGUUUGGGGUAUCAGCAUCGACAAGGGAUAUCACUGGAUCGUGGGACAAGUGGCCUUCUUCCUCUUCGCAGCAGGUAUCCAGAUCGGUAAUACCGUGGUUUGCACCUAUAUCGUCGAUUGCUAUCCCUUGCAGAGUAUGAGCAUGGUUACCUUUUACGCCGUAUGUAUCAACAUGUCGGCUUUCAUUGAACCGUUUUUUAUCUCACCUUGGCAAGUUGCCUCGGGCUGGACUUGGUGCUUCGCGGCACAGGGUUUGAUCGUCUUGUUCGGCGCGCUUCCUAUUUUCGCUCUCCUUCAUCGUUAUGGCGGGAAAAUCAGGUUGAUAAGUGGUGUACCAGCUUGGGUCAAUCCAGAGUUCGAUGCAGCUCUUUGAGCCAAUAGUACUAGUAUCUCCUUAUGAUCGACCGAUCGAUCAAGCCGCCAUUUUCAAUACUAUAGUAUGGUUUCCUUGUCUGUACCAGCGAGGAUGGCGCCAUACUUCGGCCUGGUCAAUGCAAACAUAUAUGUCUCUCCUGCGGAAUCUUGAAGCAUACAGUAGUACCUUUAUGCUUAGUUAUCGGUAUACGCCUAGGGGAACUCGAACUGCUGUAACACCAAUUAGUUCUUUGUACUUGUACUUGGAUUCCGGAAGUAAGGCUCUACUGUACCUUGUCC